CAAAUUCCAAUGCUACCGAACUGAACCGAAACCACUGUGCUCGAAACGUCAAAACAUUCUGAUAACUUGUAUAUUUUUAAAUAAAUCUUUGUCCAAAAUGGCAGAGAAAUACGGUAUAUCUGAAGCCCAGUAUAAGCUUAUUCAACAGCAGGCUUCUAGACGGGUCGAGUUGAGGCGAGAGUUUUUAAAACAAAGAACUAAUCCUUGGAAACAUGCAGCUGAAGCUGGCUAUGUCUUUGAUCCAGCACUUCAAAAGUUUUUGUCAAUGAAAGCGACUUCUUUCGAUCAGUUCAAACCAAGUAGGUCGAACAGUUUGUUUGCAGUAUGCGCCAUAGUACCAAUGUUCGUGUAUGGCUACUUUAUCUGGAAUGACCGCAACAAUCGGGAACAGCAGAUCAGGAGUGGUGAACUCCGUUACAAGGACAGAAUGUUUAAGCUUGCUUAAGCUCUUAAAAUGUUAAAUACAAUUAUUAUUAGUAAAAGUGUUGUAUAUAUGCUA